CUCCAUUUCUCCUGUGACUGGGUGAACUCGGGCUGUUUAGGGCUUUGCUGCUGCUCUUUGGAAUUAUUCGAGGCAAGAAGAUGAGGAUGCACCAUGUGGCAUCCUGUCCCCAGGAUGUGGUGACCUUCUCUGACGUGGCUGUGAGCUUCUCCCCAGAAGAGUGGCCAUUCCUGGACGCCUCUCAGAGGAAUCUUUACAGAGAUGUGAUGCUAGAGACCUACGAGCACCUGCGGGCCAUAGGACAUUGUGGAGUGAAACCAGCGCUGAUCUCCUGGUUAGAAGAAGGAGCCCCAGGGAGACUGCAGAGAGGCGUGUUUGCAGGGAAGCCACCAGCCCUGGUGGGAUGGGGAUGAGCCUGUGCUGCGGGACUUAGUCUGGAG